AAAAAAAAAAAAAAGUAGAAACCGAGGAAAUCGAAAGCCUCACAGCAAAAAACCAAAACACCAACACCAACCAACACACAAACCAACAAACCAACCAACACACAAACCAUCCAACCAACCUCAAAACUUCAAAAGUAAAGAACAGAACAAACCAAAACAAACAAGAACCGAUCAGAAAGACUGAAAAACCAUUCCAAAAGAACAUUCACAUCAUCAUGGCUGAAUCUGCUACCAGUCCCACCUUCCCUUCAUCUCAACUACCGCCCGUAGCCGCCCUAGCCUCAUCGCAAGCCGUCCGAAGUGCACUAGCCGACUAUACCCAAGCCUCCUCGAUCCCAUCCUCAUCAGUCUCAUCACCACAACUCGAUCACAGCUCAUCAUCCGAGAAGGAGGAUCAAGAGGAGAAGGACGACCAAUCAUCCUUAGAGGAUGGCGAAAUCCCUACCGAACCAGCUGGCACUUCCUCCUCCGCCUCUAACAAUCCGAUCACCAUCUUCAGCUCCCAAACCGAAUUCAACGUCAAACAUCCGCUCUACUCUACCUGGACCCUCUGGUUCGAUAACGCUACUAAGAACGAUAAGGCUAAGAAUUGGGACGACCUUAUCCAACAGGUCAUGCAGGUCGAGAGCGUCGAAGAAUUUUGGGGACUAUAUCACAACAUCGUUCCACCUUCAUUAAUUCACGUCGGAUCGAACUAUUACUUAUUCAAAGAAGGAAUCAAGCCCGCAUGGGAAGAUCCGGCCAAUGCCAAGGGUGGGAGCUGGAGCAUUCAACUGUCGCGCGAUCGGAGUCGUGACAUGAUCGACAAAUGGUGGCUGUACACCAUGUUAGCGGCGAUUGGAGAGACGUUUGAGACCCCAUACACAGCGAACGGGAAGCCGCCGGCGACGAUGUCCUUCACCGACGAAGUCACGGGCGUCGUCAUCUCGGCCCGCAAGAUGUUCUUCCGGAUCUCGAUCUGGACGCGCUCGGCCGACUCGAAAGAACUGGCCCAGAACAUCGGCCGUCACUUCAAAUACGGCGUCCUCUCGAUCCCCGAAACCUUCAGAUUCGCUCCCUCCGAUGGCAAAUCGAUUCAGACCGAUUGCGAAUUCAGAAGCCAUACUGAUUCCCAACUCAAGAAAAAGAAACCUACUUUCACUGUUUAAGCUUCCUUAUCCUCCUUCUCCUCCCCUCCACAUUUGGAUUCCUCAUUUCUAAUUCCCAUCGCCCUCUCAGCUGUCCACCCCAUAAUCGUAUCCCCCAUUCUUCUCCUCUAACUCUUUCUCCCCUCCUCAAAAUUUCAUUCUUCAUAUUUAGAAUCAACAAAUCAAUCACAAAAAAGAAAAAAAAAAGUCAAAAUCAUAUCACAAAAUAUCCAAUCUUAUUUGGAGUAUUUUUGGAGCCCUUUCUUUAUCCUCACUACUACCAUCAAGAUACUCCACUUUUUCUUUUCCUCUAUCCAUCUCUCUCCAUCUCUCUCUUUUUUUUAUGUCCCCUUUCUCUCACUGGUUUUCUUACUUCUUUUCCUUGAAUCAUUUGUCAUUAUCGUUUUGUUCUUUGUUUUCUUUUCUCCUUUUUUUUGGUUCUUGAAGUCAAUAUAAAAAAAAAACCUGCUCUGUUGUGGAGCCGACCCAGUGCAGAAUAGAAUUAUACCUUCCGCUUUUGUUUAUUGCUUUCUUUCAGUGUUGGUCUGUUGGAGUUUCCUCUUAUUUGAUGGUAUGUUUUGAUCGAUUUACAUAUCUCGUUUCCUUCCUACGUUUACUGAUCUCGAUCAGUUCCGUCGUCUCCACACUCACAUAUAUAUAUAUAUAUAUAUAAACAUAUCCACUCAUCAUUCACUAACUCUUCCACCCCUCUAUCGUCUCAGAUAAUAUAUACCUCCCAACUCCC